UCCCAAUGGGCUUCAAUAUUCAGCGCGAACAGCAGGUAUUUAAGCAACCCGGAAGUAAUACGUUUUUUUUUUUUACGCGGGAGAGCACACAAGGCGAGACAUCAUACGCUGAGGUGCUGCAGUACUGUCUUCAUCCUGAUGGUGCCUGCCGCUGGAGUCCUUCCAUAGAAAGGAAAAGCCAGUGAUUUUGGAUCAGCUUUAACAAAAUAAAAUGGAGGAUUUAUACAGCAAAGCUCACCAGAAGAGAGAGACGGUCGCCCCUGCUUCAUGAUACACGGGCCGUGAACAAGAAGAGGGCACCACUUGAAAACCGGGACUACCAGUAAGACACCGCUGGCCACCAGCAAGCAAGCCCACAGGCACAGUGAGGCCACGCUGCCUCGUCCACACAUUGUUGGAUAUGAGGACCUUUCACUGCUGGGGAGAAGAGGCGACGAUGUGGACGGACGCUGGAGGAAGGAGCCAACAUCCUCAUGUGGCCUUCACGUGUGAAGCCAGAAUGUUUUUGGCAGAGAGUGGCGUAUAAAGAAGAGCAGAAGAACAACAACAUGUUAAGAAGACGAAGAUGGUGUUUUUGUGUCGAGGUGUUUCCUCUUGCUGUGGCCGUGGUGUGCGCACAAAGUGUCGGUGUCAAUGAUCCGAGCAAUAUGCCUUUGGUUAAAGAGACGGUGGAUAGACUGUUGAAAGGUUAUGAUAUACGAUUGAGGCCAGAUUUUGGAGGUCUACCAGUGGGAGUGGGGAUGAACAUAGACAUCGCCAGCAUAGACAUGGUGUCAGAAGUCAAUAUGGACUACACACUGACGAUGUACUUCCAGCAGGCCUGGCGAGAUAAGCGCUUGUCCUACUCGGAGAUUCCCCUCAACCUGACCUUAGAUAACCGUGUGGCCGACCAGCUCUGGGUGCCUGACACCUACUUCCUCAACGACAAGAAGUCUUUCGUCCAUGGUGUCACUGUGAAAAACAGAAUGAUCCGACUGCACCCGGAUGGCACCGUGCUGUACGGUUUAAGGAUCACGACCACUGCUGCUUGUAUGAUGGACCUCAGAAGAUAUCCACUGGAUGAACAGAACUGCACACUGGAGAUUGAAAGCUAUGGUUACACCACAGACGACAUCGAAUUUUACUGGCGGGGCGGCAACAACGCUGUGACCGGGGUGGACAGGAUUGAACUGCCGCAGUUCUCCAUUGUGGAUCACAAGCUCAUCUCCAAGAAUGUUGUCUUCUCCACAGGAGCGUAUCCUCGCCUGUCCUUGAGUUUUAAGCUGAAGAGAAACAUCGGGUACUUCAUCCUGCAAACAUACAUGCCUUCAAUCCUCAUCACCAUUCUCUCCUGGGUCUCCUUUUGGAUCAACUAUGACGCAUCUGCCGCUAGAGUAGCUCUAGGUAUUACUACGGUGCUGACCAUGACGACCAUCAACACCCAUCUGAGAGAAACCCUCCCCAAAAUCCCAUACGUCAAAGCUAUCGACAUGUACCUCAUGGGAUGCUUCGUCUUUGUGUUUCUGGCCCUCCUGGAGUACGCGCUGGUCAACUACAUCUUCUUUGGAAAAGGCCCUCAACGUCAGAAGAAGGCAGCCGAGAAGACGGCUAUAGCCAACAAUGAAAAGAUGAGAAUGGAUCCAAAUAAGUGGCUGGUGGGCAAUGUUGUCGGCCGAGAUGACACCUUGUAUGCAAGGAUGAAACAAAGGGAGCACGACGUUCAUGACUCAAUGUGGGAACCGAUUUUUAUGGACGAUACUGCCAUUGGACUCGGCGACCAAAAGAAUAAGCAGAUGGACCAACAUGAAAACAUUUUGCUGAGUACUCUCGAUAUCAAGAACGACAUGGGAAUUACAGAGCUAGCUCUGGGUCUCAACGACCCCCGGAACACCAUGCUCACAUACGACAGCUCCACACUACAGUACCGCAAAGCAGGGCUGGCCCGUCACAACUUUGGCCGAAACACGCUGGAGCGCCAUAUGACUCAGAAGAAGAGUCGACUAAGGAGGCGCACCUCACAGCUAAAGAUCAACAUACCAGACUUGACUGAUGUCAACUCCAUAGACAAAUGGUCGCGGAUGAUCUUCCCAACUGUCUUUUCCUUCUUCAACAUCGUUUACUGGCUUUACUACGUCAAUUAAAAGCGAGGACAGCGGAGAAAAUAACAGAUCCGAUAUGUUGCUGAUUUCUUUGAUGUAUUUCAUGUAAGUAUUUUAUUUCUGUGUCUUCGAAAAACUGGACUGACACACUACAACCAGGACUGUACACAUCAUGUCUUGGAAUGCCACAUUUGCUGACUUACACAUGAAAACCUUACAGAGGGAGGAUAAAACAAAAGGUGCCUGUGAUAAAAAUCAUCUUUUUUUAAUUAUUAUUAUUAUUAUUAUUUGCAGUACAGUCAGUUAUUGCCAAAAUAUAUACAUGUCAAAUUUAGUACUCAUUUAUUAUUGAGUAUCAGGUCGUCUGAGAUGUGUACUAUUGCAUUUUUUCAUGUUAUUAAUAAUUAAUUCUAGACUAACAUUUUGUAAAUACAUUUUUCAGAACACUAUUUACCAACAAAAAUAAUAAUAUGCGUAUGAAUAAGCUUUGAAAAUGUCAUUAAAUUAGACCAAUACUUCAUUCAUUAGUAUUUCUGUAAAGACAGCUAACCGCAUACUAGAAGUGCUAAUAAGUAAAGAACGUAGUUGCAUAAAAAGCACAUGCAUAAAAGCACAAACCUCAGCUAAUAACAUUCAUCUCUAACCUGAUGACAAGACUGUGAAUAAACCAGAUCAUUCAUAGAACAGUAGGCUCAUACAAUUAUAUUAUUUUCAAAUAUACAGUGUACUUUUGCAUUCCGAAAGUGGAAUUUUCUAAAACAUUUUGCACACAAAGAUGCUAAAAGCCAUAGAGGCUGCACCAUUGUACUCAUGCCGCUGCUUAAAGCUCCUAUCAACUCAUACAUCCGUAGAACACAACUGAUUUGAAACAAUUCCAACAAGUUCGAAAAAUGUAUUCAACUUUUUUUAUUUACUUAAAUAUGUUUGGGGGCGGGGGGAAUUAAAUACCUCAGUGGGACUGUGAUACAUAAAUGUCCACAAUAGUGUACUUUUGUUUUUAAUUGUACAACUAUAAAUAUAGACGUAAAUCAGAAACACUUUCCAAAACUAACAUUUAAAUCCGCAAUAUAGACAUUGGCCCUUUGACUUGGUAUGUUCGAUGUCUUAGUGGGGAUUCAAUUUGAUUCAGUUUUGGAAAUUGUAGUCAGCUGCACGGUGGAGAGUGAUUACCGCCCGGCCACCGUGCAUGUGUGGGUUUUGGGACUCCGGUUUCGUCCCACAUUCCAAAAACAUGCUAGGUUAAUUGGCGACUCCAAAUUGUCCAUAGGUAUGAAUGGGAGUGUGAAUGGUUGUUUGUCUAUAUGUGCCCUGUGAUUGGCUGGCGACCAGUCCAGGGUGUACCCCGCCUCUCGCCCAAAGACAGCUGGGAUAGGCUCCAGCACCCCCCGUGACCCUCGUGAGGAUAAGCGGUAGAAAAUGAAUGAAUGAAUGAAUAUUGCCAAAAAAUAAAUGUACAAAAAACACUGACAUUAUAUAUAUAUAAUAAUUUUUAAAAUUAAAUUAAAUAAAUUAAAUUAAAUAAAUAGAUUAAUUACAUAAAUUAAUUAAAUAAAUUAAUUACUAAAAUAUUAAUUUGGAUGUAUUUUGAUUUCUAUUAGUUUACAUAUUUUUAUAAAAAUUUUUAAUAUGAAAAAUAAUUUUAUUACUGGGCUGCACGGCGGUCGAGUGGUUAGAGCGAAGACCUCACAGCUAGGAGAAAUUGUCCAUAGGUAUGAAUGAGAGUGUGAAUGGUUGUUUGUCUAUAUGUGCCCUGUGAUUGGCUGGCGACCAGUCCAGGGUGUACCUUGCCUCUCGCCCGAAGACAGCUGGGAUAGGCUCCAGCACGCCCGCGACGCUCGUGAGGAUAAACGGUAGAAAAUGAAUGAAUGAAGUGACUAGUUCUCCUCCUUCGUGUCUUUAAGGGGUCAGGUCGAUUUUGGGGUUUACCGAAAACAAGAAAGAUGUGUUAAUCCAGAUUGUGUGUAAAGCGAGCACGUAAUAUUUCAGGUGUCUACGAAAACAUAGCCACAAUGCACCGCAUGCAGAUAAAUGACUGGCAUCCCAAUCAAAUUCAGUCACUAUUUUAUGUCUAUAAUACAUUUUUAACUCAAACUAAUUUCACUUUUGACCUUGGAGCCUUGGACCUGGUGUUUACAUGCCAAUCAUUAGGAGCCUGACCUUGUGCUGUGUACGUUAUUGAUAGUUUAAACAUCCCUUUUCUCUGAUAAAUGAGUUUAUUGUAUGGGUAAGUGAAAGAAAAUGAUUCAGUUGUACUAAAAAGUCAUAAAUGUUUUUUUAAUAAAUGAAGAUGAUUUUAAAGCCCAUCCUGUUGAUAGGUAAAUUCUAGAAAAAUAUGUAAAUAUCAGAUAUAACAUUACUAAUCAAUUGGAAUAUAUUGUAUAACCUCUGUAAAUAAAAAAAUAAUAAUAAUGAGCUUCCUACAGAACUGAAAAAAACAGAUUCCCAAUAUAAUUUAUACUGUAUCAUAAAAGGGAACGCAUAGGCCGAUGUGGGAAACAAUGUACAUAGUAUAUUUCACAGUGUCACUUUUUCUUCUAAGCUAUUUUAGUGGAGGGUUUUUGCCAAAGCUGAAGAUGUAAUCAUGAAUGUAGUAUUCUUUUGCAGCAAUCUGUACCAGGAAUCAGCCAAAUCAAGCUUAACCUGUACCGACUUUUCACACAAUAAAGUAACGAUAUACCAUAGCAGCCCCCGGAUUUGAACCAUCUCAGGUCAGUGCGAUGCACACUCCUAACGAUAUAACAAUUACACACUAAAAAGGUCCCAAACACAGAACUGGCUUAUGAUGUUUCUGUAUAGGAGAUUUGUGUUUUGUUAUUAUAAUAUUGUUUACUAGCGUUUCACUGUAUACAAUACACGAUGGACUAAGAUAAUGGUUUCAAUCUAAACAAAAAGCAUCCGUCGUUAUCUAAUUUAACUAUAUUUCACUUUAAAUAAUGAUUAUUAUGAAAGAAUAGUAGGGCCACACUGAAAAGAAAAUAUAAUUAUACGAUGAAAACAGUCAUAAUGUUGUAUUACAGGAAAGCCAAUUUGAAAAAAAAAAAAAGUCUGAAUUUUAGGAAACUGACCCAAUAUUCCAAACUUCUAUAGAUAGUUUUUCAAUAUAUAUAUAUAUAUAUAUAUAUAUUCUCCUAAUAUUAUGAUUGUUUUUUGUCAUUAUUUUGUCACUUUUCGGUGCUGCCCUAAUAUUCCUUUGUAAUUAUUACCGUGUGUAGUACGGCAAAGUGUAUUUUGAGUGAUAUAGCUAUUGGUCAGUUUUAUUUGUAUUUUUCUUUUCAGUAUACACUGGCAACUGGCAUGUAAGGUCUACUUCAAGUUCAACACUUUAAUAUGUAUUUGUACUUCACAGCAUUUUCCUUUCAUAUAUUUUUAUACUUGUGUAAAAAAAAAAAAACAAACGGAAAGAUUGCUCUUUGGCAAAACCUUGUAAAUCCAAAUUUCACAUAUUUCUACUAUACGAAGUGACUACUGUAUAUUGUCCUUUAGGGGCUCUGAAAGUGGAUUAACAUGUAUGCUCUUGAAAGCCUUUCAGAAACCCUUGUUUAAAAAAAAAACAAAAAAAACAUUAUUUGUGGUUGUCAAUGGAUUUAAAAAUGGCUCUUGAAGUUUGUGAAAAUGUUUUGGAACGGUCUCUGGGGGAGAAAGGACAUACUGACAUCCUAAAAGCCUAAAUGACUCAUCUUGGUGACAGUGUACUUUUUGCACACACUCACAGAAGAAGCCUUAGACUCGUGCUGCCCUGGACUACUUUUAAUCCGAGCGGCGUCAAUCCUUCUUACCUUCUCAACACCGUCCACCUCGACAAAUCUUUGUAUGUGCCCCUCACAGGAACAUUCCCAGGAACUCAGAGCUGUACCCCCCCUCUUCAAAGAUAUGCCCUGUAAAAGCCAAUGUCUGUCUUUACAAUGAAAAAAAACAUGGAAAUGAUAUCAUCAAUAAAUAUUGUAUACAGUCCCAUGUGCUCAU